AUGUCCCAGUUCCUCAACGUGCCCGAGUUCUUCUCCACCGUCUACCUAGUCGACUUCUCGCCUUCGCUCUGCGAGGUGGCCCGGAAGCGGUUCGCCCGACUUGGCUGGUCCAAUGUGAGGGUGAUCUGCGAGGACGCCAAGAAAUUCCGCCUGGAGGACUAUGAGAAUGGCCACUCUGGGGGCCGGAGCACUCCUACGCGUUCUGCCUCGAGCUACUUCGAGCCCCGACCCGAUCACGGAGGGGCGGACCUGGUCACCAUGUCGUACAGUCUGUCGAUGAUUCCUGACUAUCACUCGGCGAUCGACUCUCUCCAAUCGCUCCUCUCGCCUCACGGCGUCAUGGGUGUCGUCGAUUUCUACGUCCAGUCCAAGGUGGACGUGAGCUUCCGAAACUACACCGGCGGCUUGGUCGGCCGCCAUGUGAACUUCCUCGGACGUACGUUUUGGCGCUCAUGGUUUGAUCUCGACCGGGUCUCACUUGAGCCUGGCCGUCGAGACUACCUGGAGUAUCGUAUGGGGACCAUCCUGACUGCCAAUCUGCGCAAUACCGCACUUGGCGCGAUCCCCUACUACAUCUGGCUUGGCUGCCACAAGAAGCCGUUCUCCUCAUCAAGCCUGCCUCACGAGAUCAUUGAGCGCAUCGAUGCCCUCGCAACCGAGUCUCCUUAUCUCCUUCCAGCGAAUGGGGCCAGAUCGAAGGAUGCCCUGACUCGCGCGGUUGAGAGGACGGCGCCGGAGAUCCGAUCCAAGGCUUUUGAUGCGGCUGUAGGCAACCUGUCGGCCAACCUGCCUCUCCCGGCCUUCUUCUACCAGAAUCACCAUUGGCGGAUCUACUACGAUGACCAGCUCGAGAAGCACACCCAGUUCAAUGACGAGUACAUCUACGCCUUCACGUGGGAGGACUCGCGGGUCGACGCAGACCUGCUGAAGCUCGGUCCGGACGAUGUUGUGCUGGCCAUCACCAGCGCCGGCGACAACAUCCUCUCGUAUGCCAUGCAGAGCCCAGCCCGAAUCCAUGCCAUCGACCUCAAUCCGAGCCAGAACCACCUCCUGGAGCUCAAAGUGGCCGCGUUUACCGCGCAGCUGCCGUACGAGGACUUUUGGAGAAUCUUUGGCGAGGGCAAGCAUCCGGACUUCCGGUCACUGCUCCUGUCCAAACUUUCUCCUCACCUGUCUAGCCGUGCCUUCCAGUACUGGCUCGACAACGUGACCAUCUUCACCAACCCCAACGGCCGAGGCCUCUACGACACGGGCGGUAGCAAGCACGCCAUCCGCGUCUUCCGCUGGAUCUCGCGCAUCUUUGCCUGCCGCAGGGCAGUCACAGAGCUCCUGGAGUCCAAGGCUCUCGACGAGCAGCGCCGGAUCUGGCACACCAAGAUCCGCCCCGCUCUGCUGAGCCCGCUCGUCAGCAACAUCGUGGUCAGCUCCGAGGCGUUCCUGUGGGCGGCGCUCGGCGUGCCCAAGAACCAGCUCGCCAUGAUCGAGGCGGACCACGCCACCAGCAAAGCCGUCACGGGCCCCUCGCCGACCGCCAAGCCCACCCGCGCUCACGCCAUUUGGCACUACAUGGUCAACACGCUUGACCCGGUCAUCGAGACGACCCACAUCGCCACCGAUAACCCUUACUACCUCGUCUGCCUGACGGGUGCCUUCUCGCCGCAGUGCCACCCGGACUACCUCUCGCGCGAGGCGCACGCGCGCCUCAGCCGGCCGGGCGCGCUCGAUGGCCUGCGCAUCCACACGGACGAGAUCGACGAGGUCAUUGCGCGCAUCUCGCCCGGCACGCUGACCGUCGCCAUCGUCAUGGACAGCAUGGACUGGUUCGACCGCGGGGGCACCGCGGCGCCGCGCCAGAUCAGCAAGCUCAACCGCGCGCUGAGGAUGGGUGGCCGCGUGCUGCUGCGCAGCUCCGCCCGCGAGCCCUGGUAUAUCCGCGAGUUUGAGGCGCACGGGUUCGUCGGCAAGCAGGUUGGCGAUCGCGAGCCGGGCCGGUGCAUUGAUCGGGUCAAUAUGUAUGCGAGCUGUUGGGUGUGUACCAAGGUGGAGAAUCUGCCGCCGCCGACGCCCGGGUUGGAGGUCGAGGUUGGGCACCAAGGGAUUGGCGAGGAUUUGAGGCUGUGA